AUGUUAAUUGCGCAAUAUAGAUGUUUUUUCGCUGGUUUAUGGUUUAUGUCAACUGUGGGCCGAAAUGAAGGACUGUUUCCGACCUCCGAACGAGCUACUUUGUACUAACAGUUAGCCGUUAGCCAACUCCCGCGUUUUGCGCCAUUUUUCUCCAUGAGGAUUAAAAAGGAGUCCAGUAAUGACGCACUGAGAUUUUGCUCUUUGCAUCAAUGAUACAAACGCGGCUAAAUUCAUGAACCUGAGUGGAGAAAAAAAAAGAUUUCGGACAUAAUGAGUGUUCCCCAAACGUGUUGUUCUGUACAAGUCUUAGUUUGCCAAGAUGGCAGAUGCUGAGUUCGUCAAGAGGAUAUUGCGGGCUGUCCUCCAGUCCAGCAAAGACGGUGUGUCAAUUGACAACCUUCAGUCAGAGUACCGGUCACUGUGUGGAGAGAACAUCCCACUGGAGAAGCUGGGCUUCUCAAAGCUCGAGGACUACCUCAGAAGCAUUCCCUCCGUUGUGAAACUUGAGUACCGCAUGGGUCAGUUACAGUGCUUAGCUGCAGUGUAUGAGGAGACUGCCAACAUUGCUCAAUUGGUUGCCAGGCAGAAAACCUCGAAGAAAUCUGGUCGCUCCCAGAUUGUGAACUGCAAGAUGAGAUUCAAGCCUCCCACCUCAUACAUGCUCAAUGUGAGGCCAAGGACUUCACUCCGCCAACCUUCAGUCCAUAGUAAAUGUUAUUCACCAAAAAACCGUUCUUGGACCUAUGGUGGCUAUAGAGUUUUCAGUGCCUCAGGGGACUACAGGAAGUUGGACCAAGGUUUAAGCUCCAUCACACCAGUUGAACACAGACAACCAGCUCCUCAACCAGCUUUAAAACCAGCAUGUGUUACACUUAACAGGAAAGAGAAGAACUUGCUGAACUCCAAAGAAGUGAACCUACAGAGAGUAUCUAUGCCCAGCCAAUCCCAGGAUAGUGAGUAUGACGUGGAGCUGGUGCAGAGUCAAAUAAGUCAGCUCCUGGAGAAGUACUACAGUGGACUGUGGAUGUCAAAACUCUCAGAACUCUAUUGUGAUACGUUCAGUCGGAACCUCCAUCCUCAGGUGCUCAGGGACAUGGUAAAGUGGACACACGUGUGUAUGGUAGAGGAACUUUCCACCAACCGAGCCGACCGGCUGGUCUACCCUCCUCUGCCUAACAAGAAAUAUCCUGUUCCUUUAAAGAGCACCACCAGCACUCCGCAAGCAUCGCCCAACAAUUUAAGCACUACCAGCACACAUUUUUCUUCAUGUCCCUCAAGACCUGAAAGCCCUUGUACACAAGUCACAUUCAAUCCCACUUCUAAUUCUACACCAUGUCCUCCAUCAAAACCGUGUGCUGUCUCAGCUGAUGUUCGUCAGAAAAUAAAGGAGCUCCUUUCCAAAUACAGCCAGGGUCUGUGGGCCCAUGCUAUGCCCAAACUUUUUAUGGAGACAUACAAGGUGCCAUUCCCUGAGCAUGUGCUGGACAACUUGUCUCUUUUGCUUGAUAUAUGCAAUGUGGAGUACCCCUCGCCACAUGACAAGAAGAAGGCCAUCCUCUACAAAUCAAGCAGAGCAGACAUAAAACCCACAGACGGUCGAGAAAACCAGCAGGGUAUAAGGCAUCCUCUUCCUUCUGGUCUGAAGGUCCUGAGUCCUGUGGUUCCUCCCUCUUUAGUUCUUCCCUCAGUGCAAUACCCAUCAGUGCUGGUUACUGAAGUCAAGACCACCAAUGCCGUUACUGUAAGGUAUGUAGGUGAGAACUACUCCAACGCCCAGGAAGCCAUGGAGGAUGCCAUGCAAACCUUUUACAGCCAAAACUCCAUUCAGCAUCCUGUGUCUAAUCCCAUAGUUGGUCAGCUUGUAGCCGUCAGAGGUGAGGAUGGAGCUGAGAUGGCCAGAGGACAGGUCUUAGAGGUCACAGGCCCCAACAAGGUCAAGGUUUACUACAUGGACUAUGGCUUCUCUGUAGAGACUAACAUGAAAAAUCUGCUGGAACUACACAGGGACUUUCUUUCCCUGCCCUUUCAAGCCACUAAUGUUCAGCUUGCAGGCCUAGAAGGAUUCAGCUCCCAUCCAUUGGUGCGCUCACUUAUGGAUAAUGUGGCAGUUGGAAAGAUCCUGCUGAUGGAAACAUUAGAGCCAUGCCAAGAGAGUGAAGUUCCUACAGCAGUACUUUAUGAUACUUCACAGGAUGACGACCUCAACAUAAACUCCGCCUGCCUGAAGGUUCUACAGGACAAGACCAUGAACAACCCUCUGUCUGUAAAUGUUACCUAUCAGGAUGUGUCUGUCACAAAUGUGUGUCAAGAUGGCACCUUGUACUGCCAACUCCCUUCCCGUGGAACUGCAAGACUGAGCAAGUUACUAGAAGAAACAGAGGCCUACUUCAUUUCCCAGAUCACAUCUGAGUUCCUGGUGUCAAGGCCCUUCAUUGGCAAGUUCUGUCUAGCUCGCUACAAAGAAAAAUGGGCCAGAGUUGAGAUCACCAACAUGUACGGUAACAGAGUGAUGGAGAUUUCCGUCAUUGACUUUGGUGUCCCAGCAACACUAGAACUCACUGAUCUUCGGGAGAUCCCCCCUCUUCUUUUGAAAGACUUCAUUAUCAUCCCACCACAGGCUAUUAAAUGUCGCCUAGCUGACCUUCCUGUUCCUGAGGGAGACUGGAGCCAAGAGGCCAUUCUGUGGGUCAAGGAGGCUGUUAUGGGCUCUGAAGCCUGUAAAAUGAAGAUCUUGAAAUUAAACCAGGACACAAAGGACACGCUUGUCUAUAUGUAUCUUUUCAUUGGCGUUGACGGUCAGCAUUUGGACGAGAGCAUCAACCAUCACUUGGCCCAGUCAGAGUUGUGGAAGAAGCUCACAAUACAAAACAACAACACAAUCACCAGUUGCAACAUGAAUACAGGUCUCACUCCUGUGAUGGACAGGUCGUCUCUCAGCAGCUCAGUCUCGAAUCCUACAGAUCCCACUGUGAAGGCUUCACCCCAGGCAUGUCACAUAGCAGGGGGCGGGGAUGCUACCACCAAAACUCAGACGCAACUACUUCAGCUGCCACCUCCGCUGGAUCUCCCCUUGCCUGGUCAGAAUAUAGAUGUGUUCGUACCAGUGGCAUGCCACCCUGGUUACUUUGUGCUGCAAGCUUGGCAUGACCUGCAUAAGCUGGUGGUGUUGAUGGGGGAGAUGAUGCUUUAUUACAACCAGACAGGGAAGACCAACCCAACCACCACCAUCCAGAAAGGACACAUCUAUGCUGCCAAAAUAGACAAAAAUUGGCACCGUGUGAAGGUGAAGGGGAGUCUUUCCAAUGGCUUGGUGUCUGUCUACCAGCUGGACUACGGUAAGCAUGAGCUGGUCCACAGUACGCUCAUCAGGCCCUUAAUAGAGGAGUUCAGACAGCUGCCCUUCCAGGCUAUGACUGCACAACUGGCAGGCGUAACACAGCACCAAUGGUCAGAGGAUUCCUCGAUGUUAUUCAGAAAUCAUGUAGAGAAUCGUGCACUGGUCGCAGUGGUGGACAGUGUGCAAGAUGUGUCGGAGGUCAAAGGUGAGCCUUGGGAGCGCAGGUUGACAGUUUACCUAGUGGACACCACAGUGGAUAAUCAGGACCUUUGGAUCCACACAGUUAUUACUGCGAUUGAUGUCGAGCUAUCUUGAACUUCCUAGAAUGGAAACACAAGCAUGGGGAUAAAUGUCCUUUGUUCUGUUUCAGUGUUGCAUUAUUCUGUACGAAGACUUUUGAGAUUUGGUAGGGUCACAGUCUUGAAGUUAAUAAAAAUUUCCUGCAUUUUUCUUUUGGUUCUAGUUAAGCCAUAUGUGUUCUUUAUUGCAUGUUUUGCUUUUUCUUUAAGCUGAGCUGACUGUGCAGAAUUUGAUAUUGCAGUGAAUCCAGCUGUUUAUUUAUAUAAUAUAUAUUUGAAAUGUAUACUUCUGAAAAAAUUGGGGGGUUUUUUGGUUGUUUUUUUUUUUUUUUUGUCUUGUCUUUUUUUUCUUUUUUUGUAGGAGGUUUGCAUGUGUGUCCUACCUUCUGGCUCAAAAAGUUUAAUUCUGAUUAAAAUUUUCUAGGUAGGGUCAUAAAUCCAUUAAAUUUUUCCUUAUAUCAUCAAUGUCAGUUUAACGGUUUGUUGGGCAAAUAUUGGGGGGAUGAACAAUUUCUUGUCAGCAGAUUCUUGCAAGUGUGAUGUGUAUUUUCAAAAUAUAGAAAGCAUGCACCGUAUAAAGAUUUCAAGUUUAACCUCUGCCUUCCAGUAUCAUUUUGUAUAAUGGACAAUAUAGUUUUAAUGUUGUAAAGUUAGUGUUUGCACAUUUAACCCCUGAUUUCACUUUUACAUUUCACAUUUCUACCUUUCUUCUAACCUUUAAAGGCACUUUUGUCAAGCGAAAGAGCUGUCUAGUAAGUUUGAAAUAUGUUGUUUUAUAAUAUUAAAGAAGCUCAGAUUA